GGCCGGGAGCGGGGCAGGAUCCCGGGAUCGGGAUGCGGGGAGCGGCCCGGGACGCGGCCUGGCUGCCCGCAGCGACACCAUGCACCCGGCCCUGGCGGUGGGGCUGGUGUUCGGCGGCUGCUGCAGCAACGUGGUGUUCCUGGAGCUGCUGGCCAGGGAGUUUCCAGGAUGUGGGAACAUCGUCACCUUCUCCCAGUUCCUGUUCAUUGCCGUGGAAGGUUUCAUCUUCGAGGCCAAUUUUGGGAGGAAGAGCCCGGCCAUCCCAAUCAGGUACUACGUGGUGAUGGUGGCCAUGUUCUUCACCGUCAGUGUGGUCAAUAACUACGCCCUGAACCUCAACAUCUCCAUGCCCCUGCACAUGAUCUUCCGCUCGGGAUCUCUCAUAGCCAGCAUGGCCCUGGGAAUCAUCAUCCUGAAGAAAAGGUACAGCAUGUCCAAAUACACUUCCAUAGCCCUGGUGUCCCUCGGGAUCUUCACCUGCACUUUCAUGUCUGCAAAGCAAGUGGCCUCUGACUCCAGCCUGAACGAGGAGGAUGGACUCCAGGCUUUCCUGUGGUGGCUGCUGGGCAUCGCCGCCCUCACCUUCGCCCUCCUCACGUCGGCCAGGAUGGGCAUUUUCCAGGAGACGCUGUACCAGAGGUUUGGGAAGCACUCCAAAGAGGCCCUCUUCUACAACCACGCCCUGCCACUCCCUGGAUUCCUGCUGCUGGCUCCCGACAUUUACCGGCACGCCGUGCUCUUCAACCAGUCCGAGCCGUUCCAGGUGCCGCUGCUCGGGCUGACCGUGCCGAUCAUGUGGUUCUACCUGCUGAUGAACGUCCUCACUCAGUACGUGUGCAUCCGGGGGGUGUUCACGCUGACCACGGAGUGCCCGUCGCUGACGGUGACGUUGGUGGUGACGCUGCGCAAGUUCCUGAGCCUCAUCCUGUCCAUCCUCUACUUCCAAAACCCUUUCACCGCCUGGCACUGGGCGGGCACCGCCCUCGUCUUCCUGGGAACACUCCUGUACUCCGAGAUCUGGAGCGGCAUCGGAGCCAUCCGCGCCCGGGGCAGGGCCAAGGAGCACUGA